AUGGCUCGACCAAAAGAAAAUGUUAUUUUAAGUGAAGCUUUUGAACAAAAAUGUCAGCGAGAAAAAGAGAAACUGAAAGUGGAAUUAAAAAGAAAUUUGAAAGAAGAUAUUAUUAGAUUAUUAACAGAAGAGAUACAUCCUGAUGUUAAUAUAACUGAUGGUGUUGAUGUUGUUCCUAGUCAUCUACUUAUUUUAAAAGCACGAGCAAAAAGAUUAUUUGAAAUUGUAAAAAUAGAUUCAGACAAAUAUGAUUCUAUCAAUAAAGUCAACAUUCCUUGGUCAAAUUGCAGGAGACUUGAAGAUUUUGUCAAACAAUUGUACUAUACUGAAAAUGUAAAUAGUUUAAUAGAUGAAAUAGAAGACUCUUUAAACCAUAAAACUACCAAGAAAAUAGACGACUUAAACCAUAAUUCAUGUUACUCAAAUCAUAAAAAUAAUACUCUUAAUCCCACCCCAGAAUCAAACUCACAAAAUACUGGUGAAAUACAUCUUUCUGAUGUCCAUCUUACAGAAAACGUUAAUACUGUAGAAAAUUUUAAUUGUAAUCCUGUUUCUAUCUGUAUUUCUGUCAAUGAAGAAAGCAGGAAUGGAGAGAAUGUUUGUGAAGGAAAGGAAAAUAUUUCCAUAACAGACAACAAUGGGUCAACAUCAAUAACCAAGGACAAUGUGUCAACAUCAAUAGCCAAGGACAAUGUGUCAACAUCAAUAGCCAAGGACAAUGUGUCAACAUCAAUAGCCAAGGACAAUGUGUCAACGUCAGUAGCAGCUGACAAUGUGUCAACAUCAAUAGCAGCAGACAAUGUGUCAACAUCAGUAACAGAUGACAAUGUGUCUACAUCAGUAACAGAUGACAAUGUGUCUACAUCAGUAACAGAUGACAAUGUGUCAACAUUAGUAACAGACAACACCAAUUUACCUGAUUUAAUCAAACUGUCAUAUAGUCUCUCUCUACCUCAUCAAUGUUGUAGUAUUCUUGGUGAAGAUUUACUGCGAGCCUUCCUACAGGAGAUGUGUUGUGAUUGUUCAUUGGUUGUUGCUGGACAGCAAUUUAAAGCACACAAGUUUGUUUUUUAUUUCAUUUUCCAAAAAAAAUGUAUAUUGGCUGCUAGAAGUGAGUAUUUUGAAGCUAUGUUAGGUGGUCAAUGGAGAGAAAGUGAUAGUCAAACUAUAGAACUAGAGGGUAUAAAUCCAGGAGCUGUAGAACAAGCCCUAUUAUAUCUGUAUGGUGGUGUUAUAGAUGUUAUAGAAACAUGUAACGUUCCAGAUUUAUUAGUUGUAGGUGAUAUGUAUGGUAUGAAAGGACUGAAACAUAUUUCAUCCUUUCUAAUUAUAAAAGAUUAUUGUCAUUUUUUCCACAAGCCUUGUUCAUCUUGUUUGUCAUUAGCUGGUGAUGCUCUUACUCUAGCAGUUACCUAUAAUCUACAAGAUUUACAAGAGAAAUGUAUUAAAUGGAUCAAUAGAUACUUCACUAAAUUCUGGUCAUCACGAUCUUUUGCUAGUCAACAUGAAGAUAUUUUAACAUUAUGUUGUGAUCAACUUAUAUCACAGAUAUCUGAACAGAAUGUUGUUGAUAUGAUUAUGGACAGUCAUAAAUUGCAGGGUAAUGUACCUCAUGUUAAAUGGGCAGAACCAAUUCUUCAUCUAACAUCACAGCUAAUGACAGCAACUAUUCAAUUCAUCUCAAAUAAUUUCAUUUCUAUUAUGGGAAGCAAGCAGUUUCUAGGUUGGGAAAAGGGAGCAGCAUGGAAUCUCAGUGUACUAGAAGAUAUAUUUGGUCAAGUUAUAGAAUCUGUUAGUCCAUCUAAUGGUUGUAAAAUCUACCAAGCUUUAUUAAGACUAGAUGAAUAUAAUGCAUCAUUAGAAGAUUCUUCUGGAAGGGAGGAUCUUCAUGAAUUUAUAAAGUAUUUAUUGAAGAAAUCUGAAACGUUUUUGCGCGUCAACAUACAUCAAGUUACAUUGACAGAAGACUGGGCUGUUUUACCUGAAACUAUUCGUAACAAAAUACUCUCGUGUGCAUCGUAUGUCUGUUUUGAUAGUGGUAACAAUAUGACUAGAAAACGACCACCAAAACUACCUUCAAGCAGAAAGACCAACAUAUCUGGUGCAGUUAUACAAUCCUUGAGAGAUGAUCAUGAAUUUAAGAAGAAGGCAACAAGUUUAAACAAAAACAGUACAAAUAGCAAAAAACUUAUUUCUAAUUCUGGGUCUCAUACAAAAUCAAAACAGAUUUCAAAUAAGACUCCAGUGACAUCAUCAGCUUCAGCAGCUAAUCCUUCUCUGCCUUCUACAUCUCGACAAAAUGGGCAUCCGAAAUCUGGUAAAAGUAGUAAAGUGAUAAAAAAAGUUGGUUCCAUCCCAAAAGAAGAAAUAGGAGAUUCCUCAAAGGAAGUCACACAUUCAUAUUUAAGAUUGAAAGCAGCGCCUUCUUACCAUAGACAAAUCAGCUGGUCUCCAGAGUCAGACAGGAUACCAUCACCUUCAAAUACCAGUCCUAGAAUUACUACCAAGAUUCCUAUUUUCAGAAGCAGUAGUUUAAGUCCAUUUCAAGAAAGAAGUAGACCCAGAAGUCCUGAUACUGUAUCGGUGACAAGAUAUGCUGAUACAAACCAAAGUCUGUUAGCUACACAAUCAAGUCAGGUUAAAGAGGCAGAUGGUUUGGCUGAGCCAGUGGUAUUACGAAAACACAAGACAUUAACUGAUGAUAUGAAAGAGAGGAGAUGGUCCUCACCAGCAUAUACCAUAAUUUCUUCAGAUGAUUCGCAAUUGCUUAAAAGAAGUACAUCAACUAUGAGUUCGUGUUUAGAGUCAAGAUCAAUUGGAAGGGAUAGUAGGACACGACUUCUACCUUUAUUUGAGGUUGUAUUUCACCAACCCAGUCAAUGA